GCACAGUCUGUAAGGGGCGGGAAGAAGCAGUCACAUGAUUCCAUGACGUCAUGCCCUCAAAGAAGCCCAUACAUUUUAGGCUUUACCAACCAGGCAUGGGAAAUAGCCGACCUUACAGGGUGUUUUGUGAGUGAAGACCAUGUCUCAGGCCACGUUCCACGCUCCCAGGAGGAAAAGGAAAGUGUACGAGUCUUACGAAUCUCCCUUUCCCAUCCCACUGUCUCAUGAUUUGUAUAUGAAAGAUUUUCGGAUCUGUAAGGGAGAGAUUAUUAACAAUAACGUCAUUGUGAGGAGUGCGGAGGAUAUAGAGCUGCUGUACGGAAAGGGAUAUUUUGGGAAGGGGAUUUUGUCACGCAGUCGACCAGAUUACAACAUUGCAGAGGAGCAGUUGAGAGUGCGCUGGAAAGAUUGUAAAACGAAAUUUCCAGUCAUUUCUUCCAUCAAGUAUCAGCAUCAUGUAGAAUGGGCCAAAGAACUUUUAAAAGGACAGAAUAUGGACUCAAAGUCUAUUAAUAAUAUACUUGGAGAAUAUACUAGUCCUAUAAAUCUGCCAGAUGAGACUGAAACGUUGGAGGGUUCCGCAGAGGAGCUACAGCCGGAGGCUUCCACUAAAGAAGACAUAGUUCGGGAAGGACAUCCUGAUUAUGACCCUCUAUCAAAAUAUGGGUCGGAGGACCUUGACACCAAUCGCCCAUGUACUCCGCUAGACAAAGACGUUCUGGAAAAGAUGCACUGCCAUAGGCAUGAUGACUUUAUCAUACAUUGUGGGUGCAAGCCCGGAAAACUGACUGUUCACACUGGAACUGGAGGAACGAGUGUUAGGGAAGAUAUGGGGCAUGAGUAUGUCAUGGUAGAAGAGGACACUACAGCGGAGGCUGAAGACAUGGAGGAAGAAAGAGGUGAGGUGAAGAAAUUAAAGUUGGUUUGUCGCCGGAAUCCAUUCAGAAUUUUUGAGUACUUACAACUCAGCCAUGAAGAAGCCUUCUUCUUGGUAUAUGCCUUGGGGUGUCUGUCCAUAACCUAUAGAAAGGAACCUUUAACGAUUUUAAAAUUGUGGGAAGUGUUUAGUGCGGCACAAGAAAACUUCCAGACGUGUUAUAUGGCCUAUCACCAUUUCCGGAGCAAGGGCUGGGUGCCCAAAGUGGGACUGAAGUAUGGAACAGACCUGUUGCUGUAUCGUAAAGGGCCACCCUUCUACCAUGCAAGCUACUCAGUGAUUGUAGACCUUGUUGAUGAAAACUUUGAAGGACCUCCUCUGCGGCAUCUAACGUGGAGGUCCUUAUCUGGCCUCAACAGGACAACUAUGAAUGUUUCUAAGGAGCUGCUGAUCUGUUAUUUAAUUAAACCCCCGGGCUUCACGGAAAAAGACAUGAACACCCCUGAGUGUAUAAAGAAGUUCAAAGUUCAGGAAGUCAUUGUGAACCGCUGGAUCUCCUCCCGCGAGAGAAUGGAACACGAGGAAUUAUAACAUGACUUUUACAAUAAAAUGUUUAC